CCAUUUCUGUUCAGUUAAAAAGUAAUUGUUGAUUUUUUUGCGGACCCCUUGGUUAAAAGUGUGUUUAAUGCAUAGGAAUAUUUGUGAAAAAUAUAUUACGUGUCAUCACGCAACACCAACGAUUCGAAUGUGCUAUAGAAUAAUAAAUUUGGAAAAGUUAAUUGAAAAUCUAAGUCUAGUUUUUUGGAUAUUGGAACCAUUACACUUGGAACAGUCAGAAAGGACGGUCAACGUCGAGGAACUGUGCCACUCUUGAGGGUCGAUUUAUUGCAACCGAACUAGAUGACGCGCACAAAGCUCAGUCAGUCCCCAAACCCCAUUAAACCGGAUGGCAAAGCGAAGGUGGAUUUUGGCGAUAGUCUUUACCACGAUACUGUUCCACGUGUUCUUGAUCACCAACAAGUGGUUCGGAGUUCAUUCAAACCAAGCAAGUGUAAGGAUGCGAGCGUAUUCGCCUAAAGCUACAUCGGUACUCGGAGAGACUGGGCUGGCAUACUCACCAGCCGCUGACGGUACUAAUUCUAUAGACGCAAUCACGAAAGAUGAUCUCAAACAUAUUAAAGGCAAAUUCUCUAACACGAAGUCUCCGUUUAUUGAUCCAAAGCUUAAUAUUAAUACUUCUGAAGCAUUCAAUCUGCAUAAUAUUUUAUGGUGGAACCCACCGAAAUGGAUGAACGACUGGAUUAAAGAAACAGACGAACGCCGGUGUUCAUAUACAAACUGUAAGGUCACUACUGACAGAACGAUCCUUAAAGCAAGCAGUGCGGUGGUAUUUUCCGUUGCCGAUACAGGUAUGGGGAGUCGCCCCCCUCUGACCCCAAAUGAGAGAAAUCCAAACCAAGCUUGGAUAUUCUACACAUUGGAGUCUCCCUAUAAUAUUUUGUGGCAACAAGAACAUAAACGCCCUGACUGGUUGAACAUGUUUAACUGGUCUUGGACGUACAAACCGGAUUCAGACAUAUUCCAUCCAUAUGGUAUAUUGCAGACAAGAGCUAUGACAUUACAGAGAAACUAUAGCGAAAUUUUCAGAAAGAAGACGAAACUAGCCGCUUGGGCGGUAAGCCAUUGUGGUGCUGUGAGCAAAAGAGAUCGAUAUGUUGAAUUGUUAAAUCACCUUUCAAGUGACGGGAAUGCGUCUAUCGUUGACAUAUUCGGGUCAUGUAAAGGAGCAUUGUCCAAACCAAGCAAAGAACAAAUCGAGAACAUUCUUGAUGAGAAUUAUAAAUUCUAUCUCGGGUUCGAGAACUCAUUAUGCCCGGAUUAUAUUACAGAAAAGUUCUUUAUGUACUAUAAACGAGACGUAAUAACAAUCGUCCGUGGCAUGGGCGAGUAUGAAAAAUACUUUCCAAAAGGGUCAUUUCUCAACACAAAAGACUUCCCCAGUCCGGAAGACUUAGCAAAAUUCAUAGUGAAUCUCGCAGUGGAUGAAGAAAGAUACAUUGAAUACCUUAGGAUGAAGGACAGAUUUUCUGUAAAAGAACGAGGAUUUAUGUACCAAGACGCCGUAUGUAGUAUAUGUCAUAAACUCAACAACAUUGAAGAAUACAGAAAGACAAUUGUUGAUUUUUUAGAUUUUCUUGGAACAUGUGUUCAACCAAAGGACGUAUAAAAUAUUUAUGAUUAUUACUUAGGCAUCAUAAAUCUGCUAGCAAUACAUACUGCAAAUACAUUUGUCUUUAUUCCAACUACAUGUAGUGCAAUACUGCUGAUUUCCAAUCUUUCGACGUCACGUCAUACAAAGUAUCAUUGCGCGAUGGUAUUAUUACGUCAUAAAACGAAGUGUUUCAAUAAGAUGUACUUUAAUGUAACAGUGACAAGUCUUCACUUAUUUAUACCUGUUAUGUAUAUUGUAAAGAAAUGACUAUUAUUAUUGCGUUAUGAACUAUGUAACUUUUGACUCUCGUGGAGUUUGAAGAUUAUUGAUUUCACUCGGCUAGCGGCUUAAAGAGUCCAAGUUUGCAAAACUCCACUAGAGUCGAAUACAACAUCCGGGAUCAAAACGCAGAGCUCAUACCCCACUCUAGCAUGCCUUUAUAUAUGUGCUGUAUUCCAUUCGCCAGUGUUAGACUGUCUCCUAACAAGGGAAUAAACUUGCCAACUAUUGACGUGACCGCUAUAGUCCGUCGCUAUACACGUUCAGAAGCGCCUGUGCAUGUUGCCGUGCCAAUCACUACAAAGAACGGUCAACAUGAAAUUUCGAGGAUUGCGUCUGGCUCAUUGAGAUAGAAAAACUUCCGAAAUUAUUAAUGUUAAGAUUAGUUAAGAUUGCAUAUCAGAUAACAAUAAGCAAUAAUGUACAUAAAUGGAUGUGAUUGGCCCACAGUGAACUCAACUGAUUUUUACGGCUUAAAAGGUCACUGCUAAAAGGACACUGUAAGCUCCUCGCACAAACGUGUUUUAGUAAUUUCUCAUUCUCAAUAUCAACUUAGUGUUCCAUGGUGGUUCAAAAUUAUAAAUGUUUUACCUAUUCUUUGACUUUAUCUUCCAUUACAUAUCGUUUUCGUUUAUUUAACCAUAAAUUUGAUAACUUAGAAGUUGAUUAUAAAGUUGAUAUCAAGCAGACAUUGUCUUAAAUCGUCUGUGAAAGGUCCCUUUAAUCUGUUGUAGAAAUGUUAGGCACAUUUUAGUACUUCUAUGGAAAUGAUGUUAAUACCAACAGUCUUAACACGUUUCAAGGCUUAAAAAGCAAUUGUCUUCAAUUUUUUCAACAUCCACGCGACAAUCAUUUCUCUUUAAUUGUAUAUGCUUGAAAAAACUUAACAUACAAUAUUUUGAGAGAAGAUGUUCAUGCCAUCACAGUAAAACCUGUUUUCCAAACUGUGUUUUAUCCUUCCAGGAACGCUUUUGGAAUACAAUUGGCAUAAGAAAAUAUAUAUUUACAGUUAAACCUGUUCGUACGGCCACCUGUUUUUAAUAGUCACUUGUACUAACCAGCCACUUUGACCGUUUCCCAAGGGUAACCACUCAAUACAUGUUUGACUGUAUAUUUCAUUCGACUCACUAUUGCAAGCUCACAUGAGAACUCAUUUGCUACAAUAGUGGUCAAAAUUAUCUUUGAGGGUCGUCAACAUCUUGCUUCGUAAUAAAUACACCCUGUCUGGUGUCUUGCAACAUUGUCUACCUUAUAUAUAGUAAACAUAGUCGGAAUGGAUCUCUAUAUGAAUUAUAUGUAUUGUUCUGCUCAAGCUCAUAAAUGCUUUAUUUAUUUACGAGAACAUGACUCUAUUAUAGCGGACAACCAUUGGAGCCACACAGUCUUGUUAUGCAUCGUAAAUACUUCAACGCAUCUUCAGUUAUAGUGCUAAUGAGUUAGAAAUGGUCAAGAACGUUGAGUUUGAUGUGGUAUUAUGCAUAUAAAUUAGUGUUUUUUGGCAUGCAAAUGAACAUAUAUAAACAAAUAUUUAUUUAUUUAUUUUUUUGCCUAAAAAUUGGUCAAUUGGCUGUAUAACAUAUAAGAAAAGUAUUUAGUGGUCUUGAAGCUCUAAUUGCCGAAUCAGCUUACUGAUAAAUGUUAAUUGCAGCCUCAGCGAGCUUGUCCCGCCAUGUCGCGCCCUUGAAGAACCGGGAACUCAGAGAGUAAUCUUUGCGACCUUAUUUGACUUCGUAAAUCUGUAUACAUGUUCAGUUUGGAUAGCAAAGUUGUUUCGCCAGGCCAUAUAAUAUUGUCUUUAUUCUGUACACAAGAACGUGUCGCCUUUUAUUAAAUCUCAAAUGUCUUACUGCUCAGCUAGUUUGUUUGAAUAAUACAUUUGUUUACGUCUCAUUCUCUACUCAAUGUAUCGGAUUAUUUGAGCCAUUUACAAUCCCAUCUGUUGUUUUGGGUUAACAAGUUUCUGUUGAUGUUGUUAUUUAUCUUGUUUGAACAGAUGCU